UGCUGCUCUAUUGCGAUAGCUUGGCGCCCAAUGCGCCGCCCGACGCAGGAGGAACUAAAGUCUUAAGUCUAAAGUCAUUUAAAAGAGCCGCCGCGAAUGGAAGUUGAAACGAAAACGUCACUCGCAGACGCCGUCCAGCAUUCGACGCAAAAGGACGUCUGCCAUCUCGCGCACGCCCCUGAGUUCGGACGAGCCUUCUGUCAUGUUACUGGAACAGUAUAUAUGCUGAUAAAAGCAUGCACAAUAACAGCAAUGGCAGAAAGGAGAGAAUCAUCUUGAAGUGCACUCCAUGAGAAUCAUGUCAAUCAGGAACAAAUACCAGCUCUUAGAAUCUGUUCGAAAGUCUUUGCAGCAAUGCCUGUUCAGAGCACAGCAGUCAUGGCGAGCUAUGAGCUGAGAGCAGGUGUAAGGUGAAAGGAGAUACAGUGCUACCUGAUGAAGUGAGUCCUGGAAAAUGGACUGCUGGCCUCUAUAAUCUUUAGGUGUGAAGUGGAGCCGUUCUUUAAUGUCUGAUUGUUAUGGACAGUUGGCCUCAAUCUAACACAACAUCCCAAAUGGAUUCUGAAGCCCAACAAAAUCGACCAAAUGAACUUGUCCUUACUGGCACCUCCAGACAGAACCUGGCUGACAUGUCAUCAGGGAGGCAUUACUUGUGUGGCUAUUUUGCAGCAUUUACUAAUAUUUCCAUUACUUUCCCAAUUCAGAAGGUACUUUUCCGCCAACAAUUGUAUGGAUUAAGGACACGUGAUGCUGUACGACAACUCCAGCAUGAUGGCCUUCGUAACUUGUACCGUGGCAUCCUCCCUCCUCUCAUGCAAAAGACAACAACAUUGGCUUUGAUGUUUGGUCUUUAUGAAGACUUCUCAAAUUUACUUCUUCAGCAUACCACUGCCCCCGAGUUAUUGACACGCAGUGUAGCUGCUGUGCUAGCAGGAACCACAGAAGCAGUCUUGACCCCUUUUGAGAGAGUUCAGACUCUGCUGCAAGACAAUAAACAUCACAACCGCUUUAAUAACACCUUCCAUGCUUUUCGAACUUUGAGGAGUUAUGGUUUUCAAGAGUACUACAGGGGCCUGCUACCUAUAUUGCUGAGAAAUGGUCCAAGUAAUGCACUUUUCUUUGGUCUCCGUGGUCCAAUCAAGCAGUGCUUGCCUGAAGCUACAUCUUACAGCACCCAUCUGGUGAAUGACUUCAUUUGUGGGGGCUUGCUAGGAGCUAUGCUUGGUUUCCUGUUUUAUCCUGUGAAUGUGGUCAAGGCCCGAAUGCAGUCUCAAGUUGGUGGAGACUUUCAGUCAUUUCGUGUAGUAUUCCUUACUAUCUGGAAGGAGCGAGAAGGCAAGGUCUCACAUCUGUUCCGUGGGGCACACCUCAAUUAUCAUCGUUCCAUUCUAUCAUGGGGCAUCAUAAAUGCCACAUAUGAAUUCUUACUUAAGUUUUUCUGAAGGACUUGUGUGUCUAACAAGAAUCUUGGAAGUGUAAAGAAAAUGAUGAGCUUAAAUGGAGCAGUUCAACAGUUUUGAGUGUGCGUUAGGAGUAUUUGAGGCAAAUAUUGCUUUGUAAAUGUUUUUCAAGAAUCCUGCCAAUUCAUAAUUGAAGACGUAUGUUUAAUUCUCAAGAAUUCAAUGAUUAUGCCAGUUUCAAGAAGGGUACUCAUGGUUGAUUACAAUGUGCAAUUUCAUAUUUCUUCUCUCUGCCUAUCAUAAAAACUCUGACCUUGAAACACCAAAGGUAGCAUUAGAAUGAGUUACUGGGCAGAAUAUCUCUUACCAAUGUAUGGCAUCUUUUACCUCCUUUAUUUUGUGCAUAUUAGAUCUAUAACUAGGAUUUACAGCAAAUACAGUCAAUUAUUUGAAUGCAAUGAUAUUAUCACAUUUACUCACAGUACAUUGAUUUAUCUUUUUUUUUUUUUUUUUUCCCAGCUUGAAAUGUCAGUAUUUACUUUUUUACGAAUUGUUGAUUACAUACAUAAUCAAUGUUUGUUUUCAUUAUUGGUUUCAGACUUGCUUUUCUAUACAUUUCAGGAAUGAUUUUUUUUUUUAAUUUUGAAAUGUACAUGUUGCUGUUUGUUUAUAAAAUAUAAAAGUAUAUAACUGAUGGUGAUGGAGGAUAUUUCAAUUUAUUUUUAUUACAGUACUUCUAAUGAAGAGUAAACUUUCUCUGAAUGUUUUCUCUGCCUGCUCAUGUCAAGUGUUUGCAUCUGUUUUUAUUAAGGCAGAAGGCUUGUAUUACAUUAUUUUAAAUGUGUUUACACUGGACUACAUUUUGUUUUUCAUCCAAAGACCGAGCAUUAUUUUAAGGAUAACCAUACAUUUGAGAUAGUUAUGAGGAAGGUUGGGUAUUGAUACCAGGAAACUGAAAACUGAAUAUAUUCUGUUGGAAACUCGUGGUGGAGGAUGUAGCAUAGCAUACAUAUUGAUACUUAGGUAAAUGUGGUGUGUUGGAUUGACUCACUUUAAGAAGAAUACUUUUGAAAAUGCUGAAGCCUUUCACUGGAUUAUUUGUCGUUCCCCAAUCAUUUUUGUUUCCGAAGGUAAAAAAAAUACUCGGUAUAGACAGGCUGAGGCAUGGAUUUCUACACCAUAGCAUUUAUCCUUAAGAACUGCUUUGGCUGCUGUGUUUGUUAUAUUACGUUUUAUUAUUUCACUAUAUGUGUCAUGUAAAAAAUCCCAUCUUAAAUAUUUGGUUGUUUUUUUACUUGUAAUAUCUGUGUCAUCAUAGAAGUAGACAGCCAUGUUUGCAUAGUGUACUGUAAGCACUAGAAAACUAUCAUUUUUCCUGACCAUAGCAAAUACUUCAUUAUUUAUUUUGAACUUUUUUUUUAAUUUAUUAUUAAAACGCUUAAUAAUGGAUGUACAAAUGCUAAUAGCACUAAUGGGCAUCGGGCAUCUUAAGGGAUAAAUUAUGAAGUAAAGAGAGUCAUGAAGGUCAUAAGCUACAAUGUUUCCUUGGUAGGUGAGGUGGGGAAAACCUGGAGAUAUUUGAGUGGGCUAUAUUGAAAACUACUGUGUGCCAUCACUAAAGCAAUAGUGUUAGAUAGGUGACUUGUAUUUGGAAGUACAGCAGUUGUUUCUUGUGGUGGGGUCCUCUACUCAUUUAUGUGUUUGGCAAUUUUCAAAAAGGCUCAAAACACGUAAUUUUGUUUUACUUAAUUACACUUGGUAUUAGAAGCAAGAAAUUACAAGUAACUUUAAGCCAAGCCUGUGUUUCUUCAUUUGAAUUUAUAACGUGAAAACAUACAUUUUAGCCAGACUCGCAAGUAGGACUUUAACGUUGUGCCAUAUUUUUGACAAUAUUUGACAGUACUACUAUUCUGUUUUAACCUGUAUCUGUUUUCAGCAAACCUUUACAAAGCUCUGCACUUGGCACAGCAUGUAGUGCUUCAAAAAGUUAGUAAAAAAUCCAUUCAGUGAAGAUGUUUUGGCAGGCAGUGUGGUGUAGUGGUGAAGACUCUGGACUUCAAACCCCAGAUCUUGCUACAGAUACUGUGUGGCCAUGAGCAAGUCACUUCUCCUUCCAUUGCUCAAAUUGGGAAAAUUAAAAGAAAUAUAACCAACUGUAUCUCAAGACGUUGUAAGCUGCCUUCGAUAAAGGUGUCUGCCAAAUCAGUAAGAGUAAUGUAAAUGUUUGUUAUAUUCUCAAAAACUUCACGGUAGAAUCCAGACCCCAAGUAUUGUCCCUGUGUGUGCAUAGGCUUUCUUUGAACACUCCUAUAUUCACCUUCAUUUGAAAGAUGUGCGUGUAGGUGACUCUAAAUUGGUGUGGUAUAACUUGAGUAUGCAUGUACUUAAAGAUGUGCAGUACAGUGUAUUGGCAUCCUUUCUGGGAUCAAUUCAGGCCUUGUCCCCAAUGUCAUUGGCAUAUGCUUCAGCCAUUUCUUUAUCCAGAAUUAGAUAAGUGAUUUGGAAAAUAGAACAGUGCAUGGAAAGUAUCAGUGGUGACAAUAACAAGCUGUGUACAUGUAAAUAAAACAUUAACAAAUGAAGGGGAAAUAGCCCUCUAAAAAGGAAAACAAAGUAAUCUUUAUAACAUUAUUGUCUCCCAAGUUAGUUAACUGAUUGAUACUUAGACAAGGCGUCUUGUGUGGUCUCCAGCACUGACUUUUCAUUACCUUCAGAAAGUCUCUUUAUCUGCCAGUGUUCCAUUCAUAAGUACUGUAUAUAUGAAAUCAGAUGUUUUAUGUUGUGUAUGUAUGGUACUUUGAUGAAAUUUACUAUGGAAAUGUGGAUGUGUACUGCAUUAUAUUAGAAAUAAUAAUUUAUCCCUCAAUGUGUCCUGCAAACUCAAAGUAGAAUAUGGGACAGAAAAAUAAAUGUAGCUGAUUGUUCAUAUAUGUUGCCCUACCCUUUUCUUGACAUGUUAGAAGGAGUCGUUCUUUAGUCUGGAUGUGGAAAGUUUAUGAAUUAUAUGCAAGGUUUCCCAUUGACACAAACAGCAUUUUUGAAAGUUGAACUUCAAAGAAUGCCUUGCAGUUUGUAUCAAGGCUAAUAUGAGAAGGUAGUAGAAUGUUUAAGAGGAAAAACAGUUGGGUAGCCUUUUCCACAGGUUCUCUGUGGUUUGAAAAUAUUUUUUAAAAAUCCAGAAUAUUCUCGAGAAAGAGCAUUUGAAAUUCCCACAUGCACAACCUGAUGCUGAGGAGUCAUGGUGUACCUAAGCCCAGCCAACCCUCACACACAUCGUAUCAGCCCUUGUAUUCACUUUGUGCGUGCAAUCGUCCUUGUGCCUUUAUAUAAGUCCUGAACAUCCAUGUAUUUUGCAAAUAUGCAGGGGGUCCUGAAACCAUAGACCCGCAGGUAAUAAUUCCAUUACCAGUGCAUAUGUAGGAAAGUGUAGAAAGAAUGAUGCACAAGUAAGAAUCAAAAAAUGAUAAGGGGAAACUAAAAUGUAAGGAGACUCCGUAUGUCUUUAGAGCAAAGUGAAAUUGUAGUAACUAAAAGUGGAAAGAGUGCUGAAGUUGGUGGGUGCAGUAUAUUCAUGAAAAAAAUGUAUUCUGUCAUUUUCAGCAUUUUACGCAUUAAGUAUGUCUCUAGAUGAAACUAAGAAGAGAACAAGCAACCUGUUAUAUGCAGAUCAGUUGCCAAAGUAGCGCGGUGUUGCAUUGUGACUGAAUGGUUCAUUAGAACUGACUGACCCAGCUUUGGUAAUUUCGUUAAUGAUGAGCCCCUUUCAGACUUUCCCCAGAAUUCCUGUAUUCUGAUUAAAGAUGGUUUGUAGAAGGCUUAAAAAAUUAGCAGUAUGAAAAAGGAUAUAAGCAAUAGCAUGUGAUGAUUUUUUUUUUUCCUUUCACUAAUCAUGAAGUACAAUCAGGUAUUCAUUUAAAUAAGUAGUAUGGCUUUGUUUAAUGUUUUUGUCAGUUUUUUUUUUUCUUGCCAUUUUUUAAUUAAAACUCUUAGACUUUAGUACUUCAUUGACAUAUGAAAUGCCACAGAUGUAACCACACAAAGUUAAUAAUGCAAAUGUUGUCUAAGGUAAACACCAUUCCAAGUAACUUAACAGCAAACACUGCAAUCUUUUCUGAAACAGUAGCCACUUAACUGGUUCAAUAUGGGCUCUGGCAACUUCACAUUGGUGAGAGUCCUUAUAGUUUUUAACCUAAUACCAUAAGCUGAAUAGCAGAUAAUGUAAUGAGGCUAAAGUUAUUCUAGGUUAGAAUUUUAAGUUUGAGGCUUUCUUGAUUCCACUGAGUGUUAUGAAUAAGGAAGAAUUCUAUAGCAGUGAAUGUAAAUUCAACAAAGUUAGUUUUUGUAGUGACUCUACCACAUGAAUUUUAUGAGGCAUUUAUUGAAAACAGUAAUAAAUAUUAUAAGUUGACCUUUAUAAAAUAGAUUGUUACAUAGCAUUAGAUAAUGAUCUAAUUCUUAGUCAUAUUACAUUUGCUUAAGGAUUUAAUUUAAUAUUAUUACUGUAUAAAACCCACAUCAAAUGUUUAUGUAAUCUGGUUGUAGUUUGGUUAAUGUGCUUCCUUUGCAUAUUCUCUCCAUGUCAGUGUAAUACUAGAGUUCCACACUGACCAUGAUUGCUGAUGCUGUCCAAACCUAGGAUAUUGAAUCCUUGCAGCAGCAGUACUGUACUACCAUGUACUUUGUAUUGUAAAAACUUAGUUAAAUGUUAAAUGUAAAAAUCAUUUAUUUUCGAAAGAAAGUUUUGAGUGUUCUGCAGUUUUUAGGAAUAAUGACAGACCCAGGUUCAUUUUAAAUUUUAAAACAGCUGAGUUCCUGGAAAUUAAACUGGGGGACAGAUCAGUCAUUUAGUGAUUUAGGGUGGUUAGAUAAUAGCUUAUACUGGAUUCAGAUUUAUCCACAAAUAAUUCCCUAUCAAUUAAGCACAUAUACUAUAUUUAUAGUUGUAUUUGUUGGCUUUAUUCAAUUUAGACUUCUACAGAGACAUAAUUUGGUUGUGAGCACUUCAAAAGCAAGAUACUUCCUUGCUACCGACAUUCAUGGUUUGAAUCUGAGCAAGCAAACAUAAAGAAGCUACAAUAUAUCAAGCUGGACGGAAGAAAAGCAUAAAUAAGGUUUGAUAGUACUCUUUCCUGUAUUUUACAAUUGUUUUUAUCUUGCAUUUGUGUUUCUAAUUUCAUGUUACAUGGGGUAUAACUUAACACUGAAGCCUCAAACAUAAAUUAGUAGUUACAAAAUUAAAAAAGAGAGCUUUGAAUACUUAGUAAAUUAACAAGGCUUGUCCACACAUUGGGUCCAAAUGCUAGGUAAAUUUGUGUCAGUUACUUCCCAGCAGAAAUUCUGACAAGACCACCUUCCAGGUGCAAAAGGGGGGAGAUGUUUAAGAUCAAAGCCUUUUUAAGGUACAGUUAACAUGUAAAUUUAAUUAAUAAUUCAUAUGAAGCAAAAAGGUCUAGUUAACCUAAAAAUAAGCAGUUCUACAAAUGAGCAGGUAUCACAAUUUACUGUAUUUUUAGACAUAGUGUUCAUGAUUCCCAGGGAUGUCUUUUUCUGUUUAUUCAUAAGAUAUGAAGAUUGCUUGAUCAUUUAUUGGCCCUGCUUUAAAAGUUGAUGUACAUGCCCAUUUAAAUGUCUCCCUUAUUUUAAUUAUUUUUAUUUAUCGUCUUAGUUGUUGUGACAUUUUAAUAUGGAUCUCAUAAUAAGCACUAUAUUCCUUCUUGCCUUCAGUUUAAAGCUGAAUUACUUAUCUUGCAAGUACAAUUAAUUAUUUCUGAAUGUUGUAUUCACAAAAGUGAUAUUCUGUGUAUUUAUUCCUUUUAUUUAUGUUAAUUUACAAAUUUGAUUUGCAAUGAUAAGUUGAACUUUGUAGACAAAAUACAAUGAUGCCGUGGUGAUUUUUUUUGAUACAUAUAUAAAAAGUAAUUUUAUGUAAAUUGCAAAAUUAAAUGCACAGUAUAUGUAAUAGACUU